AUGUCCAGCUUCAAGAAAUUAGCGAUUGACCAAACCGCUAUCGGAGGCAAACGUGUCUUAAUGCGCGUAGAUUUCAACGUUCCAAUAAAGGAUGGAAAGGUGGCCAACAAUUUGCGUAUUGUGUCAGCUUUGCCUACAAUUCAGUAUGCAAUUAACAAUGAGGCUAAAUCAAUUGUUCUGAUGAGUCAUUUGGGUCGACCGGAUGGAAUGCGUCAAGAAAAGUAUUCGUUAAAGCCAGUCCACACAGAAGUGGAGAAGUUGUUGGGCAGAUCCGUUAAAUUCCUCAAUGACUGCGUUGGUGCCGAAGUUGAGGCUCAAACAGCAAAUCCGGAUACUGGAACGAUCAUUCUUUUGGAGAAUUUGCGUUUUCAUGUCGAGGAAGAAGGAAAAGGAAAAAAUGCAGCGGGAGAAUCGGCAACCAAAGAAGCUGUAGAGGCGUUUCGUGCAUCGCUCUCAAAGCAUGGCGACAUUUAUGUGAAUGAUGCUUUUGGAACCGCACAUAGAGCUCAUAGUUCAAUGGUUGGCUGUUCGAUCAAUCCUCGCGUUUCUGGAUUUCUGAUGAAAAAAGAAUUGGAAUACUUUGCAAAAGCACUUGAUCAACCACAAAAACCGUUCCUUGCUAUCCUUGGUGGGGCCAAAGUCGCGGAUAAAAUCCAAUUGAUCAACAAUCUGUUGGACAAAGUGCAGGAGAUGUGCAUUUGUGGAGGAAUGGCCUUUACAUUUUUGAAGGUGCUGAAUGGGAUGGAGAUUGGUAAAUCUUUGUUUGAUGAGGAAGGCGCUAAAAUUGUGGGUGAUCUAAUGGCAAAGGCUAAGGAACGUAAUGUGAACAUGCAUUUACCGGUUGAUUUUGUUUUUGGCGACGAGUUUAAAGAAGACACUCCGCAUGGAAUUGUUGAUGCUAAAUCGGGAAUUCCAGAGGGAAAAAUGGGACUCGACAUUGGGCCAGAGAGCACAAAGAAAUUCGCUCAAGUAAUCACUUCUGCAAAAACUGUGCUUUGGAAUGGGCCGGCCGGUGUUUUUGAAUGGUCGAAUUUUGAUAAGGGAACUAAAGGUCUUUUGGAUGCAAUUAUUGAAGCAACGAAGGCUGGUGCAAUUACAAUUAUUGGUGGAGGUGACACCGCGACUGCAUGCGAGAAGUGGAAAGCUGAGGAUAAAGUUAGCCAUGUGAGCACUGGAGGAGGUGCAAGUUUGGAGUUGCUUGAGGGCAAAAUUCUUCCCGGUGUCGAAGCAUUGACUGAUCUUUAG